AUGAGAGCGGUUUUGCAACGUGUGAAGGGUGCAACGGUGCAUGGUGAGUGGAUUGCAGGUCUCAAGUCUUACACUCAUGUUUGGGAAGAAGUUGAUAGACUCAUCUUGAACGUGCGUUGCCCAUCAAUGAUGCGCUGCACAGUAAAUGGCAAUCUCGUCUCUUGCAUAGGACCCGGUCUCGUAGCUCUCAUUGGCAUUGGCACAGGUGCGUGAUCAGGCUUCGCGAGCACUACAGCCUCGGCUUGAGGAAUGCGCACUCGAAUGCAUACGCUCUGUUCAUUACAGACGAUACGAUGGCCGAGAUUGAACCUCUUGCGAAGCGCCUCUUGUCAACAAAGCUGUGGAAUGAAGGUCAAAAAGCUAGCGCCAUUGAUGUGCCUUGCCAGUACGCACCACCCGACAGCGCUGCAAAGUCUCGCACUUCUGCUGAGGGACAAGCAGGACAAAGCAGAAGCAAAAACGAUGAAAAGUUGUCUGGAGGCGAAGGUUCAAGGGCAGAAGAAGUCUGGGGUGGGAGACCUUGGAGAUCUAGCGUGCAAGACAUCGAGGGCGAAAUUCUGUGUGGUCAGUAUUGUGCCCUGUGAAGCAUCAUGACUUCGGUGAAGCAUGUGCCGUGCUCAUCGUUGACACCACCUCUUUCAGUCUCUCAAUUUACUCUGCACGCAAGUUUGUCCAAAGGGACGAAGCCCGACUUUCACAAGGUGAGCAACGUGCGGCUUAAGUCACAACGAUGAUGCACUGAUAGAGCUAAUCCCUCCCUUGCUGCACCUUGACGGGAUCCCAAAGGCUAUGGCAAGUAGAUUUCAGACAUUGAGCUUGACCUUUAUUUUGGGUCAUUUCUCCAAGGGCAGUAUCUGAUGCCUCUUUCUUUGCUUCGAAUCAGGGAGGACAGCAAGCGCGAGAGAUCUACGAUGCCCUGCUUGAGCAUCUGCGAUCAGCAUACAAGCCAGACCGGGUCAAAGAUGGCGCUUUCGGCGAGAUGAUGGGUACGUUGUCGCUCUCCUCAUCGUCUGCGUGCGUCAAAGUCGAGCAGUUGAUGAACAUCAGUCUGGCGCUGUGCACGUCAUUGCCCCUCAGAUGUCAGCUUGACCAAUGACGGACCUGUGACCAUCCUCGUCGACACGGCAGAAAAGAAGUGA